AUGGAUUCGGAUGCCUCUGCGUACGAGGUUGACGCGAGCAGCGACUUCGAGGCGCCCAAGCCGAAGGCCAAAGCAGCAGCAAAGGCUCCCGCCAAGAAAGCAGCUGCUCCCAAGGCAAAGGCGGCACCCAAACAAACAACCCUCAAGACCACGAAAGCCGCACCGAAGCCGAAGAAACGUACCAAGCCGGACAGCGAUGAUGAGAACAGCGAUGUAGACAUGGACAACGGCAUGAACGACGACUCUCUUUUAUCCAACACACCUCCAUCUGCCAAAAAGCAGAAGAAGGCACCUGCGCCACGUGCAAAAGCAGCGACGAAGCCUCUGAUGGAGGUGGAGAAUGAGAGCUUCCAGAUGGACGGCGCGGCGGACGAGCGGCCUAAGCCUAAGCUGCAGAAGAAAGGCACGUCUACUGAGCAAUACCAAAAGCUUACACAACUCGAGCACAUCCUCAAGCGCCCAGACACAUACAUUGGAUCGGUAGAGAAGACGACAGAGCAGAUAUGGGUGUUCAACUCGGAAACGGAGCAGAUGGAGAACCGCAAAGUAACCUACGUGCCUGGAUUGUACAAGAUCUUCGACGAAAUUCUGGUCAAUGCCGCAGACAACAAGCAGCGCGACAAGAACAUGAAUGAGAUGCGGGUGUGGGUUGACGUUGAGACUGGCGUGAUUUCUGUCAAGAACAAUGGUCGCGGAAUACCGAUCGACAUGCACGACAAGGAGGGUAUAUACAUACCUGAGAUGAUCUUCGGUCACUUGCUCACCUCCUCCAACUACGACGACGAGGAUGCCAAGACUACUGGUGGCCGCAACGGAUAUGGUGCGAAGUUGACAAACAUCUACUCCACUCGUUUCGAUCUAGAGACGGUGGACUCGAAGACGAAGCAGAAGUACAAGCAAACGUGGAAGAACAACAUGAGCGAUAUGGGCAAGGCCAAAAUCGAGUCAGCGAAGGGGGAGGAGGACUACACCAAGGUUACGUUCAAGCCCGACUUUGCCAAGUUCGGCAUGGAGAAGAUGGACGAGGACUUCGAGGCCAUGGUCAAGCGAAGAGUUUACGAUAUGGCUGGUACCUGCACGGGCAUCAAGGUCUACCUCAACAACCAGCGCAUCAAGAUCUCCAAGUUUAAGCAGUACAUGGAGAUGUAUACCAAAGCCAUCAAGACUGAGAAUCUCGCGAAUGACGGCACAGCGCCCGAGCAGGUCAUUCUCACAGACGGCCCGCACGAGCGAUGGGAGAUCGGCUUUGCUGUGUCAGAUGGUGCCUUCCAACAGGUCUCUUUCGUCAACUCGAUCGCUACCACGCACGGUGGUAGCCAUGUGAACUUCAUUGCGGACCAGAUCUGCGACAGGCUUGAGGAGAUCGUGAACAAGAAGAACAAGGGUGGUGUCAAGCUCAAGAAGGCACAGAUCCGGAACCACAUCUUCCUAUUCGUGAACGCGCUGAUCGUCAAUCCAGCCUUCACUUCUCAGACCAAGGAGCAGCUCACCACUAAGCCUAGCGCUUUCGGUAGCAAGCCGCAGGUCAGUGAGAAGUUCUUGAAGGACAUCGCAAAGACCGAGGCUGUGAACAAUAUCCUGCACUUCGCUCAGCAAAAGGCCGACAAGGUUCUCUCGAAAUCUGACGGCAACAGGCGGACGCGCAUGAACAACAGCAAGCUGACCGAUGCUAACAAAGCUGGUACCAAGGAUGGCUAUCGCUGUACUCUGAUCCUUACAGAGGGUGACUCAGCCUCGCUGCUGGCUUUGGCUGGCCGCGCUGUGGUCGAUCCGGAUCUGUUCGGUGUCUUCCCACUCCGUGGUAAACUACUCAACGUGCGCGAUGCAUCUGUCGACCAGAUCUCGAAGAAUGCAGAAAUUCAGAAUAUCAAGAAAUUCAUGGGCUUGCAGCACAAGAAGGACUAUGCUGACACGAAGUCACUGCGAUAUGGCCACUUGAUGAUCAUGACCGAUCAAGAUCACGACGGCUCUCACAUCAAGGGUCUACUCAUCAACUUCUUGCAAGUACAGUUUCCAUCAUUGCUCAAAAUUCCUGGCUUCUUACUGGAAUUCAUCACGCCUAUUGUCAAGGUGUGGAAGGGUGACCCAAAGCAUCCGAAACAGAAGCGUGACUUCUUCACCAUGCCUGAAUACGAGGCGUGGCGCGAGAAGGAUGGUAAUCAAAAGGGCUGGGAGCACAAGUACUACAAAGGAUUGGGUACCUCCGACACUCGUGAUGCUCAGAUCUACUUUGCCGACCUCGACAAGCAUCUGAAGCGCUUCCAUAGAAUGCAAGAUGGAGAGCCUGAGAUGCUCGAGCUGGCUUUCAGCAAAAAGAAGGCGGAUGCUCGUAAGCAGUGGCUGCAGGAGUUUGUGCCUGGCACGUACCUUGACAUGACGAAGAAUGAGGAGAUCACGUACGACAGCUUCAUCAACAAGGAGCUCAUCCUUUUCUCUAUGGCCGACAACAUGCGAUCUAUUCCUUCGGUGAUCGAUGGGUUCAAGCCUGGUCAACGCAAGGUCCUAUAUACUUGCUUUCGCCGCAAUCUGAAGAAGGAUGUCAAGGUUGUGGAGCUGGCUGGCUCGGUCUCUGGCCUUACUGCUUACGCUUACGGCGACACCUCGCUGCAAAUGACGAUCGUUGGUCUGGCGCAGAACUUCGUUGGCAACAACAACAUCAACUGUCUCGAGCCAUCCGGCAACUUCGGCUCUCGUCUCCAAGGUGGUCAGGAUGCCGCCAGCGCCAGGUAUAUCUACACACGCCUCUCGCCUUUCGCCCGCCGCAUUUUCCAUCAGACCGACGAGGCUUUGCUAACGUACAACACUGAUGAUGGCAAGACAAUCGAGCCUGAGGUCUAUGCGCCGAUUGUGCCUAUGAUCUUGAUCAACGGUGCCGAUGGUAUCGGUACUGGCUGGAGCACGUCCAUCCCCAACUACAAACCUGAAGAUGUCAUUGACAAUCUCAAGCGCCGUAUGAACACCGACAGCAAAGACUCCAUGGUCGAGAUGACGCCGUGGUUCCGUGGCUGGACUGGCGAGACUGAGAGGUCGCGUGAGGAUCAGUACAAGUUCAAUGGGACCUUGAGGAUCACAGGCGAGAACACUGUUGAGAUCACGGAGCUGCCGGUCCGCGUCUGGACACAGGACUUCAAGGACAAGUUGGAGGAUAUCAUCAAGGCGGAAAAGGUACCCAGCUUCAUCAAGGAUUACACUGAGUACAACACGCCAGAGCGAGUCCACUUCAUCAUCAAGAUGGAGGAAAAGAAGAUGGAGUCUGAUGAGGCCAAGCUUGCGGAGCUCUUCAAACUGUCCAAGCCCAUCGCCACCUCGAACCUCGUCGCGUUUGACCAGCACGGCCGCAUUCACAAGUACGCUUCUCCACUCGACAUCAUGGAGGAAUUUUACCAAGUCCGCCUCGAGAUGUACCACAAGCGCAAACAGCAUAUGCUCGACGAGAUGCAGAAGGAGCUUGAUCGCCUUUCGAAUCAAGCUCGCUUCAUUCGCACGAUCAUUGAUGGUCGCCUUGUGGUCAGCAAGAAGAAGAAGGCUGUGCUCGUUGCUGAGCUUCACAAGCUUGGCUUCAAGCGUAUCCCCAAGAUCGCCGAUGCGAAGAAAGAGGGUGAGUUCGAGGCCGUGGUGGAGGAAGAAGGUGAGGAUUCGAGUGACGACAAAGCGACCAUUGCUGGUGGGAACGACUUUGACUACUUGCUUGGCAUGGCCAUCUGGUCGUUGACCGAGGAAAGGGUGACGAAGCUGAAUAAGCAGAUUGGCGACAAGGAAGAGGAGAUUGACGCUCUUUCUGGCAAGACUGUCAAAGAUCUGUGGCGGACUGAUCUCGAUGGGCUGCUCGAGGAGUGGAACAAGCAGCUCGAGGAGGAAGCCAAGCGUGACAAGAAGAUCAGAAGCAAGGGCCGUCGUGCUUCUGCUAAGCUGGGUUUCGGUGGCAAGGCAGGCAAGAAGCGCAAGGGUGACGAUAGCGACUUUGACGAUGACGAUGAUGAGUUUGUGUCUAAGAAGCCUAAGGCCGCUGCCUCGAAGGCUAGGGGUGGGUUGUUGGGGCUGAAGACUGAGAGUAGGCCUGCUGGCGUCUAUCCUAGGGUCAAUGGUGUCGAGCAGAAGCCUGUUGUCAAGCCCGCGGCUGAUUUGCAGAUGACGCUUGAUGGCGCUUUUGAGAAACCGCCUACUACAGCUGCUUCUAAGAUGGCGGCGCUGAAGGUGGAUGAAGUGAAGCCCAAGCCCCCGGUCAAAGCGAAGCCUGCGUCGACGAAGAAGGUGGUUUCGGACAAUGAGAUGGAGGACGAUGAGGAUGACGUCUUCGCUGCUGUAGCCAAUGAGGCCCCGAAGCCUGCCACCACUAGCUCUCGUACAGGUCGGGCAGCAGCACAGAAGCCGAAAAAGUACGCCGUUGAGUCUGACAAGGAGUCUGCGUCUGACGCAGCGGACGAAGUUCUGGAGGAUGUCAGCGCAAUGGUCAAGGGUAUCGGCAAUCGUAACAACAACGACGGGCCGACUCGACUCUUCCAUCCUCCUUCUGUCAGCAGGCCUACCAGCAGAGACCAAGGUCGACCUGCAGGUGCAGCACGCAAGCGCAUCACAGUCGACUCGGACGUGAGCGAGGAUGAGACGGACUGGGCUGCUUUGGCGCAGAACUCGCCGCAGAAGGCUACUACGCACACUGUGCUUUCUGACGAGGACGAUGAGCUGCUUGACAUCGAGCCAAAGAAGGCUGUGAAGGCUGCACCGGCCAAGGUCGAGGCCAAAUCUGCUGCGGUCAAGGCUAAGGAGCCCGCUGCUGCUCUAAAGCCCAAAGCCAAGAAAGAUCCUGCUGCCGCCGCCCCUCUAGCCUCUAAGACUCUCUCACCCGCCGCCAAAGCCUACGCUGCCAAGCAAGCCAAAGUCGGCGCCGCUUCCAAGCCCCUGGCACCCGUGAAGAAGACUUCAAGUAAGCUGCCAAUCGACUCCGAAGACGAUGAGGAUGUCGAAGCGCUGGCCAACGACAUCUUGAGUGACGAGUCGCUUGAUGACGAGCCGAUCCUGAAGAAAACUGCUGCUGGUGCUGGUGCUGCUAGACCUGCAAGACGUGCGGCGGCUGCUAAGCCGAAGGGCAAGUACGUUCUUGACGACAGUUUCGGGCAGGAUGAGGGUGAUGAGGAGGGGAGCGAGGUUGAGCUCGAUGACGAGGAUGAUCACUAG